AUGCGGUUGAGGGCGCCACUGUCGGAGUUGCAAGAUAUGGUACGCUCAUAUGCAUCUAGUGAGGCACCACGAGCUAAAACCGUGGCGCAUUCCAUUACCCUCGAAAUCGCCGACUUCGAACGUUGGCUUCCAAGUCAACGUCAAAGUUCGCCGUCGGCAAAAAUUGAGUCUUUUCUUUAUCGCAGACCAAUACGCCACUGCCUCGCAUCACGUAAAGCAGCGUUUUGCUCACCAAGGGUUGCCGAGACCGAGGACAUAGCCAGAACCCUCAAACUACGAUCCACAACACUCCAGGGCAACCACCAAUCAGUAUGGCUUCUAGAGCUGCAGUUCCCUUCUUGGUAG